CACGUAUCUCAAGCAUUGGAGCGAACCCCCCCCCCCCUUGGCGAGACAAAUAUCGUGCGUGCAUCUGAAAGAGGCCCUAGCCGAUCCGUUCUCCACGUAAAUGCACCGCUUUUACGCCGAGUGUGAUCGUGUAAUGGUGGAGGUCUACAGUAAGCAAUUUGUCAACGAAGAUAUCCUAGAUGUCCUAGACAUCCUAGGCAUGAAAAGACGGGCCCGAAGACGCGUUGGUAAUGUCAAGCAAUAUCAGCAAUUCCGUUCGCGCGGAUCCCUCAUACGCGUAAAGGUCACGGAGAGCCUUUCGACUGGUCUCAAAUAUGUUUUCUGGGGUGACCUUCGCCUCGCCUUCCCAGGUAUAGUUCGCGUUCAGGAUGAUGAUGCCCUGGUACCCCUUAUGAGAUGUCAGCGCGAGUAUCGGUUGCGACCAUUCCGUAUCGAGUACAUGCCUGGCGCGGUGUUAGAUGUCUUCUACAAGGACCAGAUCAACGCUACAGUCAGUCCAGGCACCAUCAAGCCCACAUCCAAGAAUGAGGAAAAAAUACAGGAGCAGGGGAAUGAAGAAGAGACACAUUCCUUGGCGACUUCACAUUCUUCACCGCCACUCGCGCCUGUCCCAUCGGACCCUUCUUUACCAGACCACCCGUCGUCAUCACUGCCGUUAUCCCCUCCCGCAUCCUCAAGAACACCGGAAAAUCCUAUUCGGCAAUCCAAGGACAUGGACGACACCGCCGUCUCGAACAUGCAUAGAGCAGAAGACCUUCCAGUGGAUCCAAGUGGGCGCUCUCCGGAUGCUUUUGCUCCCACCUUCAACACCACCAAAACCCACGCCCCUAUGUCCGCCAUAAUGCCGGAAGAUCUCACAUCAAGUUCAAUGUCCAACGUUGCCAAGGUGAAUACGGUGAUGAGCCUUGUCAAGAAUUUACCGCUCCAGGUCGCCGGACCAGCCUCUCACAGCAGUCUUCAGAAUGCUUUAUCCAAGCACGGCACCAAUUCAAGCGAUAUCAAGAACAUUCUUUCCGGUGCGAAGAGAUCGACCAAGGCAGAGAUGCUUUCCAGACCAGGUGCCCAUAUCGUACAGGACACCGCCCUCAGACUCAAUAUCCAGACCUGCGGUCACAAGGACAAGGACAGCAAGGAUAACCAUUUCGAAACUACGGCGGGGACCACACUUGCGCCAGGACAGAAAUCGCAGCAGAAGGGGCAGAAGGAGGACAAAAGACGAGGUCGACAAAGUGUUUCCCAGCAAUGUGGUAAGAGCAGUCCAUCGGGUGCGGAGGACGACAGUACCAAAGUCGUCAUCGGGGAGGCGUUGUUCAAUGAAAUUGACGCCCUAGUGGUCAGCUAUAUAAAGCGGUGCGAAGCGCAAAAUCAUGGCUGAAAUAGUCUUGAGCGCGGGUCCAUCCUCGUCCCAGCAACCCUUCCAGGUGACAACGAUAGAAAAAUUCCAAGCAACACUCUUCAGAUCAACGUGUUUGCUGUUGCAGGAGUGGAGGGCAUCGCUAGCCAAGAGGACA